AUGAGUGCUCAGUUAUCGGAACAGAAAGAACUAGAACUGGUCGAGAAAGUGGAACUACGGAUCGCACUGGCCGAUUCAGAGGAAAAACUGCAAGCAAGUUUAGACUUGUACUUGGCGCCACUGUUACUGAAACUAGCGUCACCGUACGCUUCUACACGAAAUGCGGUCUUUGAAAGUCUAAAACAUGUUUUAUCGAGAUUAUCCUCUUUAAGUGCUAUGAAACUACCUGUUAAAAAGCUGAUUGACCAAGCCAAGAAUCCAACCUUACCCAACUGCGAUAAUCAAGCCUUGAUAGACAAUGUACGGCUAUACAGUUCACUUUUAGCAUCCAAAGGUGUGGAUAGAAUAGUUGAUGUUGAUGAAAAGAAAAUGUUGAUCCCCGACAUAAUGAACGGAAUCUCGGCUCAGCCUUUAAACACAGCUGCAAGACUCUUUCACAUAUUAUGCAAAUUGCUGCUGAGUUGGUCACCUCCGCGGAAGGGAACGCCAGAGGAACAAAAAAUAAUUGAAUUUCUGCAAUUGAAGGAUGAAAAGGACCUAAAGUUUCUCCUAGAUCAUUUUACGAAAUUUUUUUUGCUGAUGUCAGCUAAAGCAGAUCCACAGACUGGUACUAUUCCAAGAGGGUACUCUUGCCCAGGUCUUUGUGCUACUGAUGUGUCAUUUUUCACGUAUUCUGCUGGUGUUUCCUUUACUAAGGAACAACACUCUAACUUCAAAAGAGCAAUCUUCAAGUUUGUCACCAACGGUUUUGUCGCUGAUGAUCAGCUGCUGUUAAAGUUUCUUUGCGUGGUAAGUACUGACUCGAGUGAUCUUUCAGAUAGCGCACUUCAAUUUUUAAAGAGGCUGCAGAUCCCUUACGAAGACGAAGAUUUCAUCGAUUAUUUGAUUUCGUUGUUCAUUGGUGAUAAAGAGAUUGGGAGACCUCCAGUAAAGCCUGCGUUGCAAACCAAAAUUUUGUCCAUAUUGAGUCGCAGUGUGAGAGCCACACUCGAUCGUGAAAAGGUUUCACUGAUUUGUUCCAUCGGUCUACACUCCUCUGACGUUAAGUUGAGAAUUAUUUGUCUAACAUUUAUCCGUCAUACAGCGAAAACCAAUUUCAAGAGUCUUCUGCCUGGAAGUACAAGCGAAACAGCUGAUUAUUCUACAUCGAUUCUCUCCCUGAUAAGAAACAAUUUGCAUUCUGAGGGAUGGCCGCGAUUGCAAUUAGGACCUUCGACUCCAUCAUUUGCGACUGCGGUUCAACAGAGAAAGUUACAAUACGAGAUCAUUGGGGAUAUCUUGAGCAAAGAUUACAACUCCUUUAAAGAUUUGUCAUAUGUUGAAUUUUUAUUUGAUUCUCUAAGUGGCGACCUGGAUGAAUUUCGGCACAGCAUCCAAGAGGCAUUACUUUCCGUAUUAGGACAACUUCACAAGUUACCAGACUUUUCAAAGCAGAAACUUAAAGCAAUGUUGAAAGCCACCUUGGGCGGUGAUGCGGCCAACAAUGACAAUUCUCUGGACCAUGAAAAAAAAAAGGUAGUGCUUAUGACUGCUAGAUAUAUUUCCGUGAAAUUUAUCAAUUUCACUUUUGACUUUGACGACCAUGAGGCGAGAUUGAUGAAUAUUUGGGGGACUCUAAAAACGAACCGGUUUGAUAUUAUUGAAGAGUCCACCAAAGGGUUGCAUCCUUAUUGGUUCAGAAUGAAUCGAUCACUGGUGUCGAACACUAACAGUUCCCAAAUCACCGUUCCGAAGGUAGUGGAAUCCAACGUCUCGGAAACGAAAUUACCCAGUUUCCAAAACUUUGUGCAGUACUUGUUGCAGGAAAUUGAGGAGCUUAAAGAGAAUAAGGAUAGUGUUCUACGAAGUACUCUACCUGUUGCUAUCAACUUUGCCAAACAGUGUUUAAUAUCGGAAGCUACUUACGGAAAGUCAACGAUUAUUGGUCAAGAUGAAGAUUGGCAGGUGCGCAUUCAAAAUGCUAUCGAUGUGGAUGAGAGAGUUUCAGACUUGGUUUCGAGUUUACUUUCUGGUGUUGACAGUAAAUGGUACAUUGAUUUCCUAAAGUUGGUCUGCGGUGAGUUUGUUGAAAAUGAUGCAAGUGGGCAAAGAAUUGCCCUUUCCAAAUAUCACGACGUCACUUUGGGCUUUACAGCUCUUACGUUUCUAAAGUUUACGAACAGCUCUGUUUUGUCAAAUCUGGAAUGCUUUUUGCAACCUUUAUUGAGGUAUUUGGACGGCUUCAAAACGAUAUCUAAUGGCGAUUUGGAGUUGGCUGGACAAAUACUCGGGAUAAUAUCAUCGAGUCUGCCACCUACAUGCUCGGACCUGGCCCAGUUAAUCGCUUCAGUGAAAAGCAAUACUGGAAACUCUUUGGAGUUGUCUACCCCCUUUGCACUUGCUUAUAUUCUCCCAAGACUUCACUUAGUACAGAAAGGUUCCAUGUUUAAUAACGAACAGUUAAGUGACCUAAUGGAAGUGAUUGUCAAUUUAGGCAAUUCUGACACCAACAGAAGAAUUGUAUUACUAAUGUACAGUCAAAUCUUAAAAUAUGGUCUUUUAUUACGUCUCGACUUAAAGAAAAGGGAGGAUUUUAUCGUCAGAUUUGUGCAAAAAUAUGAAAAGAAAUUGAUGAAUGAUGAAAUUUUGACGCAAGUCUACGGUUACUUGUCAUUAUACGCAUCACAAUUCGAUUUGAGUGACAACUUUUUCAAAGACAUUUUCGCGACGUACCCUUCAAAACAAAUCGAAUACUUACUUGCGGCAGGAGAAGCACUUUCUCUUGUUGCAGGUGGGUGGAGUAGCCGCAUUUUACUCAAAGAACGUGAUAUAUAUGGAGCUUCCUACGCACAGUUGGAACUGCAGUUUAAGACCGAAAACUCUGGAAAAGUUCUGGACCAGAUUCUUGUUGCAUGUAACUCUACAGAACCUGCAAUGAAGAAAGCAAGUUGUAUCUGGCUUCUUUGUUUGACAGAGUAUCUUCAAAACAAUGCAUUCCUGAAAGCUAAAUCGAAGGAUAUUCAUUUAAAGUUUAUGAGGUUUCUAGCUGUAAACGACGAGUUCGUUCAAGAUGCGGCUGCUAGAGGGUUAUCACUAAUCUACCAGCAAGGAGACAGUGAUUUGCAAGAGGAUAUGGUAAAAAGUUUGUUGAGGUCGUUUACCGAUUCCACCAAGGCAAUGGCUUUAAGUGCUGGGACCAUGUCAGAACAAACUCAGGUAUUUGAACCCGAUGUGAUGAAUACUGGUGAUGGCUCUAUCAGUACUUAUAAGGAUAUAAUGAGUUUAGCGUCUGAGGUUGGUGAUCCUUCGUUGGUUUACAAAUUCAUGUCUUUGGCCAAAAGUUCGGCCUUAUGGUCUUCAAGAAGAGGGAUUGCGUUUGGCUUGGGUGCUAUAUUGUCCAAGUCAUCUUUAGAAAAAAUGUUAUUACAAGAUGAAAAAACAUCUAAUAAACUCAUUCCGGUGUUGUAUAGAUACAAAUUUGAUCCUUUUCCGAGUGUCGCACGCUCAAUGAACGAUAUCUGGAACACUCUGAUAACCAACACAUCAUCAACUGUAAGCUCCUAUUUUGAUGUGAUACUGUCGGCACUAUUGGAUGGUAUGGGAAAUAAGGAAUGGCGUAUACGUGAGGCGAGUACCGUUGGGCUGUUACAGCUCUUGCAGACUCAAGACUUUGAGAAGUUCUCGGAAAAACUUUUGGAUCUGUGGAUGAUGGGGUUCAGAGUCAUGGAUGAUAUAAAAGAAAGUGUACGAGAAGCUGGUACAAGAUUCGUGGUCGCCUUGGCAAAAAUAUUUUCUCGUUCCAUUCAUUCUACUGAAGGUGGGGCGACAGAAAGAUCUAAAAUGUUGUUGGAUCGUAUUGUGCCCUUCCUUCUUGGAUUGAAAGGUAUUGAAAGUGAUGCAGAAGAGGUUCGUAAAUUUGCUCUAACAACAUUGAUUGACUUGGUGAAGGCAGAUAGUAAAGCUAUUAGACCAUAUUCGCCAAAGCUGAUUUACGAAUUCACCCUACUCUUUUCUUCUCUUGAGCCGCAAGUGAUCAAUUACCUAGCGUUAAACUCGAGCAAGUACAACAUUGAUAGUGAUUUAAUAGAUAUCCAGAGGAAAAAUUCUGUCAGAAGCUCUCCUUUAUUUGAGGUCAUUGACAAACUAAUCAACCAAGCUGAUGAUGACAUGCUUGAAUCUCUGAUUGAGAGCGCUGUGAAAGCUGCUAAAAGCUCUGUAGGUCUUCCAUCAAAAGUAGCAGCAUCCCAGGUUUUCAUGCUAUUGGUGAGACGUUAUGCCUUAGACAUCAAACCAUAUAGUGGCAGGCUGCUGAAAGUUUGCAUGACAAUGUUGGAAGAUAAAAAUGAGGCAGUCAGUUCCGUGUAUGCGGCCUCGAUAGGCUACUUGUUAAAAGUGACAUCUAUUGAAAAGGCUGUAAAGUAUGGUAAAAAGUUGGUGGCUUUGUAUUUCGCUGGUACUCGCGAUAACGGCAAGAAAAUUGUGGGAAUGACUAUAGAUAGUAUUCUGAAGUACUCACCUUCUCAAUUCGAAGAUAUCAGUACUAUUUUUAUGCCCCUGAUAUUCAUUGCCUCUAAUGAUAAUGACAAGGAUAAUGCACAACUAUAUUCCAAAAUAUGGAGUGAAGCGUCAAGAUCAGGUUCUGCUGCUGUUAAACUUUACCUGUCUGAGAUUCUAAACCUGUUAUCGGGCUUUAUUACUUCUCCUGAUUUUAAUAUGAGGAAAACUUGUGCAAAAACAUUGCUUGCGAUUUGUCAAAGUGUGGAUAGGCAUAUUGCUGAUAAACAAAUUGAUCUUCUGUUUCAGUUGACGCUCAACUCGUUACAAGGUAGAACAUGGGAUGGUAAAGAAUCGUUAUUCAAGGCUUUGAUCCAGUUAUCUAUUUUUUUCAAAGAAUAUAUCGUGGCGAAUACCACUUUGAAAGCAGAAAUAGAUAAGGUGGUAGAAGUCGAAAUAUCCCGUUCUAAUAUGAAAUAUCUCAAAAAGAUCGUUUUCGAUUAUGCGGAAUAUCUUAGUGAAACGAUGGACUUGAAUUCCUCGAUCCCGAUCGACACAUAUAUGAAAAUUGUUACUGCAGUUAUGAACGAUGUUGACGACGCCACUAGCAGGGGCAGUAUAGCCAAUCCGACUACUGAGGGGAAUGAAGCUAAAAGGGCCAAACCAAAUGUAGCAGUCGGUGAAAAAUCCUCUCAAAAAAAUACAGAAAAAGAGCAGUUUGUGAUUUCCAUACUCAAAGCUAGUGUGCCAAUUUACAGUAAGGGUCAGUCGAGCAGGCUUUUUGAUUACAUUAUAGAACAUUCCACGAACUUGUUUUCCAAUGAGAAAUUUGUAUACACCUGGAAAAGUCAGGUAGCUGCAAGUGAGAUAGGCAUGUUACUUUUGGAGAGUCCUGUAACAGAGGUUGACUCUACUAAACUCUUUGGAUACUGGAACAAAGUUUUUACUGUCUGUGGUAAGAAAGAGUCCAUCCUGAACGUGAAAUUGAAGUUAAUAAGAUUUGGGUCAACUCUCAUAAAGAAGUUCCCUGAAUUCCGGACUUCUGUGGAAAGUCAACUUCGCGAAUUAAGCGAAGCAGAUCCCACAUCGAGAAUGACACAUGAACUGAAGAACGUUGAAAUAUAG